GUCCUGGCGGUGCAACCUGAGUGCAAGCGCCUGGCUGUUGGGGAUCGCGUUUGGGCAGACAUCGGCGCAAACGUCCACUUCCGGGGCGGAAAGGGCAAGGAGAAUGGGGCGUACGCGCCCAUUGCCGUAGCCUUGGAGUCGCAGCUGGGUCGAAUGCCGAACUUCUCUUUCCAAGAAGCGGCGUCCUUACCCAAGGUGGCUUUGACCUCCUACAAAGCGCUGAAGUGGUACGGUGGUGCCGCGUGGAAGUCCAACACGACCGUCCUCAUCCUUGGCGGAAGUGGAGGCUGUGGCACCACUGGAAUCCAGCUUGCGAAGGCAUGGGGUGCCACCACCAUCAUCACCACUUCCUCCGUGGAGAAUGCAGAUUAUGUCCGCGCGCUUGGUGCGGAUCGGUUCAUUGAUUACCGCUCGCAGAACUGGUGGGAGGUGCUGAGCAGUGGUAGUAUCGACGUGAUCUACGACACUGUGGGCCAAGCAGAAACUGGAGACAGAGCUAUGAAGAUCUUACGUGAAGGAGGCUACUACGUCACCAUCACGGGUGCCCUGCCCAGUGUGCCAAGGACGGAUGUCAAGGCAUCAAUGCUCCUCGACGGUGACUGGCGAAGGCACGCAGAGAAGCGGCGAAGGUCUUCGCCGGCCCCUUCGAGGGCACCGUCGCACAAGACGGGAAGCUUACCUGCUUCGCCUAGUUCAGCUCAUCCCCCGGGCAAGUCCAAGCCUCAAGUUGAGCCCAUCGACGUGGAAGCUGACGAGAUCGAUGAUGGAGUUUCGGCGUGCGAGGCCAUUGAGCCCGUCGCUCCAGAAAUGGAUAUGGCAGACGCCGUUCAAAAGGUGUUGGAAGGUCUUCGAGGCGAAGCUUUCCUGAUCGCUAGGGACAUCGGCCUUGAAAGACUUUGCCGGAACGACGGCUUGGAACAUCUCAUCGAGAUGGUGAAACAGCACGCGUUUCCACUCCGCUCGCAGGAGGCCAGUGAGCUAUUCCGACAAGGACAACUUCGUACUGGCCCGUUAUUCCGACAGUCGGGAGAAGGUAUGCUCUCAUACGUUAACCGCCGCAAGAGGUGGUGGACCACUUUACAGGAGCUUGAUCCUGAAGUCAGAUUAUCUGAAGCGAUGAGGGCAAACUUGCUCGUAGAAUUUUCAGGCCUUUCUAGGCCGAAGCAGCUUAUGGUUAAAACAGCUGCUUCCAGCGAGACCGUCGCUGAGUACGCUCGUGUACUCGUGUACUGA